CACACGGCCUGCCUGCCUGCCUGCCUGCCACAGUGUGGAGGACAAGCAGCCCACAGCAGGGUCCUGGAGGGGCUCAGGAGGUGAGGCAUCACAUCACACCAUCAAAGGGACCCUGCUCAUAAUGGGGCAAUGUGGAUUAUGGUGUUCCUGUUCCUUGUGAACUGCAAAAAGGAAGCAACCACGAGGACGACGGAACUACUAGCUGACGGAGGAGGUGGCGGGGCAGUGGUGGCUUGGGUGCUUAAAGAAAAGGUGGCAUGGGUGGGGAGCGAUUCAGGAUGGCGAAUGGAAACGAGAGUAGUGAGGGGCCUGCGGGGUCCAUGUCAGCAGUGGUGGCUACAGCAGGAGGUAUGGUAGCAGAGAGUCCCUCCUCAGCUGUCUCUACCUAUAUUAAACUGGUGCUACUUGGGCUAAUCAUCUGCAUUAGCCUCGUGGGCAACCUGGUGGUAUCUCUGCUUGUACUGCGGGACCGGGCCCUGCACAAAGCACCUUAUUACUUUCUGCUGGACCUGUGCCUGGCAGACACGAUUCGUUCAGCCAUCUGCUUCCCGUUUGUGCUGGUGUCGAUAAAGAACGGCUCGGCUUGGACAUACAGUGUGCUGAGCUGCAAAGUGGUGGCCUUCAUGGCAGUGCUCUUCUGUUUCCACGCCGCCUUCAUGCUGUUCUGCAUCAGCGUUACGCGAUACAUGGCUAUCGCACACCACCGCUUCUACUCAAAGCGCAUGACAUUCUGGACAUGUGUGGCCGUGGUGUGCAUGGUGUGGACACUGUCUGUGGCGAUGGCUUUCCCACCAGUUUUUGAUGUGGGCACCUACAAGUUCAUUCGUGAGGAGGACCAGUGCAUCUUUGAGCAUCGCUACUUCAAGGCCAAUGAUACGUUAGGCUUCAUGCUAAUGUUGGCUGUGCUCAUUCUGGCCACACACGUUGUCUACAUGAAGUUACUGCUUUUUGAAUACAAGCACCGCAAAAUGAAGCCAGUCCAGAUGGUACCGGCCAUCAGCCAGAACUGGACCUUUCAUGGGCCGGGGGCCACUGGCCAAGCAGCUGCUAACUGGAUUGCGGGCUUCGGCAGGGGCCCGAUGCCACCCACUUUGCUGGGAAUCCGGCAGAACUUGCACAACCAGAACCGGCGCCUGUUGGGCAUGGAGGAGUUCAAAGCAGAGAAGCAGCUCGGCAGGAUGUUUUAUGUGAUCACCCUGCUGUUCCUGGUGCUCUGGUCUCCCUACAUAGUGGCUUGUUAUUGGAGGGUGUUUGUCAAGGCUUGCACAAUACCGCACCGGUACCUCUCCACCACGGUGUGGAUGAGUUUCGCUCAAGCCGGCGUUAACCCCAUUGUUUGUUUCUUCCUUAACAAAGACUUGAAGAAAGGGCUCCUUUCCCAUCUACCAGCCUGCUGCAGGACUAAACCUCAUCUGCCACGAGAGCCUUAUUGCAUCAUGUAAGCAGAGAUGAUGAUGUGAACAUGGAGAAAAACCAAGGGCCAACCAACACAUACAUUGUGGGAGUCUUAACUUGAUUUAUCGUUGUGUUUGAUUCAAUGCAAGCUACUUAGGAGCAGUGGGUGUAAACUAGAGAGUGUACUGGUAAAAACACUGGAAUGGUAAGCAUGUACAUCUACCAACCCUUUUUUUCUCAAAACAAGGAACAUAUAUGGAGUCAGACACUGACUUUUGACAAUGAGAAAAAUAGUUGAUUUGCGAAACAAGCAAAUAUUAAUGCUGUCACUGUGGAAAUCAAGCCAGACAAAAGAAAAAGAAAAAAACAUCAACAAAUUAUAUGAGCUGCUUCAGAAAGAAUGUCAAAAGUAGAUUGAAAGAGGUUGUUUUUUUAUGUUUUGGUGACCCGAAGGGACACAAAGGAGCAACUUUAAUAGUCUAAAUUUCCUAAUGUGCUAGCUCACUCAGACAAGCCAGAUAAUGUUAUCUAUACAGUGACAGUGGAGAGGUGAGAGGAAGUGAGGUGGAGCGAUGCAACAAAGAUUGUAACCGGGGAUACUGCCAUUCAUCUUAACCCCUAAACCAUGAGGUUGACCCCUAACUGCAUCUUCUUCAUUAGAGUUUCUUUUUUAGGAGCAAAAUGUUAAGAAUAUUCCUCAAAUCUUUGACCUUAAUGUAUUGAUUUUUGGAAACAAAACUCAGAUCCAAAGACAUUCUCACUUGGUUGUUAUUUUCACAUGUCGGGACACAAAGACUCACGAGUUCAUUCAACGUAUAAAAUCUAAGUCAGUAAUAACUUGGAAUUUCAAAAUAUGUCACAUCAAGGCUUUAAAAUCUAAGUUGUUGUAUCUUAAAUAAAUGGCGACUUGGAAUUGGCAAGUUAAUCAAAGGCAGUAUCAGAACAUAAUGUUUUGUAUCAAUAAACUGCUGAUAGAGAAAUACUAAAUACUAUUAUUUUUGCCACAUUUGUGGCAGGAACUCCAACGAGCACCAGCCUUUAUGAGUGGGAUGAUGUAAUUUCUCACUCUCUCUCUGUUACUCCAACUCUCUGCAGACGGCUGCAGAAGUCCUACUGCGUUAGCCUGUGAUUCUGCACGUCAUUCAAAGACAAAAGAUAAAACCUGAUCAGCUUAGUUCAUCAGUUAAUAUAGAAAGUAGAGAUUUCGGGUGGACAGGAGCUUGUUAUAGGCUACAUUUUAUCACUGAAAAUUGUGCCCAGGUGUCCUUUUCUGUCUGUUCUUUGUACUUCCAAGUGUAACAAGGAUCAAACACUGAGGAUGUCAUAGAAUCUCCCAUGUCCAGAUGCCUAUAAUGCACGUGCCAGUGUCGUAGCCAUCGAGUCAGGUUGAGCCAGAACUUGUGGCUUGACUCCAAUUUGUGCACUGAUGACUCAGACUCAGACUCACUCAUCGACUGCAUAAUGAACCGUAUUUAUUAGGCAUAAAAUAUUAAAAUAUGAAUGCUUAUUAAGAUAGCAAAACCUUUAUUAAUUCAAGUGUGGGUACAUGUGGUUAGUAGGACUGAACCACUUCAAUCGAUAAUUUUCUUCUAAUAUGAUCGUCAAAUGUUGAGUGUUAUGUUUGGGUUUUCUUUGGGUUUCAUCUAUGACAGUAAAUUAAAUGUCUUUACUUUGAGGUCUGGGAAACACCAAUGGACCUUUUACUUUCUGAAAUGUAAUGAUCAAUGAUCAUUUUUUACCAAACUAAAAAAAGAAAUCAUGAAUAACGAAAAUAAUAUAUUUAUAAAUCUUUAGCCACAGCCUACAUUAUGAAGCAGCCAUUCACAAAUACACAGUUUACUCAUUAGUGUGCAUGUACAUGCAUUUGUUUGGUUAUUAAGUAAAAAAAUGUAUGUCAGCUGUAAGUGGAGCCCUGGAGUCCAUCUUCUCACUAGAGUAAGACUAAUAUGUAAUGGGAACGCGACUUAGACUUGACUCCGAGUCUUUGAUGACUCAGACUUGAAGUCUAGUGACUCAACUACAACACUGGCUUGUGCUUUUUAAUUCCCCCUCAUACACACACAUACAUUUUUUUUUUUUU